GUAAAUCGGAACUGUCUUUUCAGGGAAGCCUUGUCUUGUGGGGUUUGCUUUCGGCACCGCCCGGGCGACAAGUAUAUCACGUGACUCUAGAGAAGCUUAUUGUUCCUACCAGCGCAUGUUGCAUGUUCCACUAUGACAGUAUAUCAAGUCUGUCUUCGACUGUCCUGAACGAAAGUCUACGAUCUCGUCAAAAGGCUAACUUUCACAGUCGUUGUUCAGGGAUGGAUCUGAAGAAGCUUCAGGCCGGCGUAAAACAGAUGCAGGGUCAAAACCACUAGCUUGACAUGCUCAGAAGCUUCCAGGGAAACAGUUUAGAAGAUCUCGUUACCAAAGCGGAUGUCACGUCUCUAACGCAGCCUGUCUAGUUUGAUAGAAACGGCAAUGCUCUACAUGGUUACAGCAACUUUUUCCCCAUAUAAGGAAAAAACGGUGUGUGUGUGUGUUUGUUACCCUGUGGCUUGACAUAGGGGUCGAGCGUUUUCGAUAUUGCGAGAGAAGGACCGUGUACUUACAUGCUAAGUAUUAUCUCAGAUCGGAUGCCUCACUGUUGUACUAUGUCAUCGGUUUGCCGAACCCGCCCGGUCAUUCGCUGUCUUGACCGUUGCCGUUUGAGAUUGACCACCACGCACCGUAUUCUGACCAUGGACGCCUGCGAUCGACUCUCACGGGAGCGUGGUGUUUUAUUGAUCGCCCCAGAAAAUGCCCGUUGCAGUGUCCUUCCGAUGUAACCCAUUAGUAGCGUCGGGCGGUGCUGUUCGCUUGUCUAGCCCAAAAGAGCCCUAGUGAAGCAAACCUUUCCAAAUAUAUCCCCAACCACUAGAUCUAAAACCCCCGUACCCUGAACGCUAUGAGCUCACCUGGCCCCGUUGGUAGGCGGCGGUUGCUAUACAGAGGUCAGCUGAUCGCUUUCUUUGGUUUGGUGUCAAUAAAUUCCAUCUUGGACGCCCUGGAUCGUCCCUCGCACGAGCUCACGAUAGUGUCGACCACGUCAAUGCGACAUGGGAAAUAAACGGGGAGCAGGAUACCAAUAUGGUCAACUUGCAUCGUAGGGAGAAUGUAUAAAGAGAGCGAGGUGCGCAGGUAGAAUAGCCUCAUCACAAUCAAUCAACUCACAGCUUCAAUACAUCCACUUCACAUUCAAACCUCCCAAAACCGCCACUACAUCUUCCAAAACAAAUCUUCAAAUCCCAUCUCUAUCCAAAAUGCAGUUCACCAACGCCAUCUCCGCCGCCGUCAUCGGCUUUGCUUCCCUCGCCUCCGCCAUCACUGUCUCCUACGACACCGGCUACGACGAUGCCGCUCGCCCCUUGACCGCCGUCUCGUGCUCCGACGGCGCAAACGGCCUCAUCACAAAGUACGGCUGGCAAAACCAGGGCUCCAUUGCCCGCUUCCCCUACAUCGGUGGCUAUGAGGGUGUCGCCGGAUGGAACAGCCCACAGUGCGGUACAUGCUACGGCGUCACCUACAACGGCAAGACCAUCUACGUCCUCGCCAUCGACCGCGCUGCUGGCUUCAACUUGGCCAAAGGCGCCAUGGACGACUUGACCAACGGCCAGGCUGAGGCUGUUGGCCGUGUCGAUGCUCAGUAUGCCCAGGUUGCUCUUAGCAACUGCGGCUUGUAAAUUCCUUCCUUUUUUUUUGCAUGACCUCUG